AAAUUGUCUUGCGCUAUAGAAAAGCUUUCAUUCGUUACGUGGCAUAAUUUUAUCUUCAACAAACUUUUCAGUAAGAUGAAACUGGAUAAAGGUACUUUCCUGAUCGUCAAUAAGUAUUAUUACCAUGCAAAUUUGGCGAUGUGGGGAACCAAAAGCAGAGAAAUGGGUACUCACGAACAAAAGGUCGAGUUAGAUCAGUUUUGGCAACUAAAGGAAGAUGCAAACCAUCCAGGAUAUUACUACAUCUACAAUUUGAAAUAUGAUGGAUAUCGAGUAGCAAAGUGGGGACCUGAAAACAAUGAAGUUGGUUCGUACAAUGGCCAGUAUUUUGACAAUCAAAUGUGGAAAUUCGAAAAUGAAGGUGAUGGUUUCUACCGAAUAUACAAUUUUAAGUACAGCAAUUCAAGAAUUACAAAAUUCGGAAAAGAUGAUGAAAACUGGGGUACUUAUGACGGAGCCAAACAUGAAGACCAAUUGUGGAAACUAGUGCCAAGGUACAAAGCAGACGUUUGCAAUGUUACAAUAUGGAGCUGCGACAACAGACAGGGAUCAGAACCUUUCUCGGAAGAAAUAUUUGUAAUGACUGGUCUUAAGCUUACUUCGUCCACGUCGAUUUCAACGACCGUUGGUUUAGAAACAUCUUUAAAGGCAUCACUUUCUAUUCCUAAGAUCGGUGUAGACAUGGAGACCAGAAUCAGCACCCAGAUUGAAAAUUCAUUGUUUUCAGGCUUGGAAGAAGAUUGGAGUCGUACUUCAAAGAUAAAAUUUACAGCACCGAGUCAUAAGAAUUAUCGUGUGAAAAAAUUGACGUGUGAUUUCUUAAGUCCCCUUGCAUCUGAUGACUGUACUUUAAAGUGCGAAUACGUCGUAGAAGAAACGUCAGGAGAAUUUGACUAAAAACGUAGCCUGGCUGUGACUUUACUUUUCUUAUCAUUCAUCAUUUUUGCUUAUUGAUGAUUUUAGUGUAGAUGUAAUUAAUGACAUCGAAAAAUACCGAUAGUGAACAAUAAAAUCAUGUACUCUUUGUAACAACCUAUUUAAGAAGUAAAAUGUUCUUUGUAGUUUAAACACUUGACAUUCAUUGGAAAGUUUGUGAAUCAACUGCACGGAAUGCCAUGUGUAGAACUCCGUAUGCCAUGAUAUUUUUUAGGUAAUGUUAAUUUGUCAAUACGUGCCUUCCAUCCACCAUUAUAUGCAGUGAUCUUUUUAUUAUACGAACGUAAACUUA